AUGAUUGCCAGUGACGAAACAGUUUCUGUUCUAACUUCUGACACACAGCCCACGUGGUGGCGACAGAAUAUGCUUAGUAGAUGUCAAUGAUGUGGACGGUGAAGGUGGUCAGCCUGGGUGUGGUGGGCCUCUCUCUCAGUGUGGAGCUGCUUGUCUGGCUCCUCCGUCGCCUCAGGACUGGAAGAACCCUCAAUGAGGUCCUCUUCUUUCCCUCAGAGAUGGCCUGUGUGGAACACAUCUUCUCUCCCUCGUCGCCUCAUUCCUGUUUCUGCUCGUUGCCUCAUGGCAUUGAGACCUCUUUCACUCGUUUUCUUCGCCGCAUCCUGUCUGCUACCUCCUCCCUGGACUUGUGUGUCUUUGCCUUCUCCAACAUGGACCUGAGCAGGGCUGUACUAGGGCUACAUCGCAGGGGCGUCACCAUCCGAGUCCUCACUGAUAAGGAUUACGCCGCCAUCACCGGCUCCCAGAUAGGGGUCCUCCGCAAGGCUGGGAUCUGUGUACGAUGCGACGUGGGCUCUGUUCACAUGCACCACAAGUUUGCCUUGGUAGACGGUCGGCUGCUCAUCACCGGCUCCCUCAACUGGACGCUGACAGCAGUGCAGAGCAACAUGGAGAACGUCAUUGUCACCGAUGAGCCAGACCUGGUGCAACCCUUCAUCAAGGAGUUCCACAGGUUGUGGAUGCACAACGAUCCAGCCCGAUACCUCCACUCAAGUGACCAAAAACCUGCUCACAGUACCACCAGAACCUUGGACUAAUAAGCCACGAUGAACAUUGAGUCAGAGGUCAUCAUCCUUUGAGGUAGAAGGUAUGCAUGUUAAAUAUGUUCAGGCAGUUUUGCCACAAAACAUUGACAACAUUGUAUCUUUUCUUGUUCUGUUCUGUAGCUUCUGGCUUUGGAGGACUUCAAGUGACAAUGUUACUGAUCAAGAUGAUGGUAGUUUUGUGGCAGUUUUAUUUUAAAUAUGUAUCAGAAAAUGGGUCUGAUUUACUAGGCUAUGUCUAGAGUUAAGAGUUCUGUUUGACUUUAUUCUUUUUCUUAUAUUUUACGGUUUGGCUUAAGAUGAAGAUAACAUCCACAAAAUAGAUGUGGUCCAGUUAUAUAGAGAAUACCUCUCUUUGUGUUAGGUGAGAACAUUUCUUAUUUAAAUAAAAAAGUAAAAUAGGAAUUUAGUAAUUUUAGAAAAUAUAGGCUAUUUUAGGAAUUUGAGUUAAAUACCUUUUAUAAAAAAAGAAACAGUUCCCUAUGUGUAUAACUCUAUUCUAAA